AUGCCAACAGGAACAGCAGUAUCUGAGGCUUAUGCUACCCUUGGGUUGGAGCAGGGGUCGUCGUUGGAAGUCGUGAAGGCAGCCUAUAAACAGGUUGCAUUAAGAACUCAUCCUGACAAAAAUCCCAACAACCCCGAUGCCACCAGACAGUUCCAACAUGUCGGAGAAGCAUACAACGUACUUUCAAAGCACCUUGAUACUUCCCACAGAAACCGUCCUCGAUACUACCCCCAAUGUGGCCACUAUCACGAUUAUGAUUCUGACUUUGACGACGACGACUACUCUGAAGACGACUACGAUUCGGAUUUCGAGGCAGAGCUUGCAGAGGCAUACUAUAGGUCUCUGUUUGAAGCUAUAUUCAGCCGCUUUGAAAAUUCGUACAGUCGUUCCCGUUUUAGAUACGAGCACCCCAGACCUCAACGCGAACGCGUGCCUCCAGAGUCACAGGCCGAAUUUAAUGAACGAAUUCGUCGUAAUCGGGAGGAACAGAUCAAAGCAGAGGAACAACGAAAACUUCAGGCUCAGAUACGUAAGGAACUUGCGGAAGAGGAUCGUCGGAAAGAACUCGCUGAGAGAGAGAAACGUCAAAAGGCUAGAGCUCAGAAAAAGAAAGCCGAUGCUCAAGCCGGUCGCCAAAGAGCGGCCGCUUCUGUACGUGCUCAGCGGGAAAGGACACAGUCGCUUCGUUCCUCGGUGUUCAAUGCUGCCCGUUCAGGGGAUGCGCAAAAGGUGAGACAAGGAAUCUGGGAGUCGAACGUUGACGCCGUUGGAGGAGAAAUAAAAGCCGGGUAUGAAGAAUUCGUGAAGGUACCUCCAAACGACCCUAAGGAGACGUUAUUGCAUAUCGUGGUUAAGGGAGGCGAUUUAGAACUUGUAGCAUGGUUAGAUUCGCACAACGCAGACCCGGAAGAACGUGAUUCGGAAGAUCUUACGGCGUUUCUCGUCGCAGUCCGCCUGGGCAAUUUACCCAUUAUCAACUAUUUCCUCGAAAAUCAUCCUUUUGACGACGAGGACAACAAAAAGGUGUAUAAAAGCUCUUCAUCCUCCCUUUCGGUAUUGCAACUAGCUGUGGAAUCCGGUAUUCUUCAGGUAGUAAAGCUAGUGCUUGAGAAAGGCCUGGCUACUAGCCAGGAGGUCAAUGAUGUUUGGGCUUGGAUAACCUCCGAGGGUGCUGGGAAGGUCGCUGAUGAAAUCAUGAGAGCCGUAAUGCAACAUGGAGGAUUCACGCCUCCAACUACACCUCUUGCAGCACACAACGGUAAUGGCAGCUCCAAUUCAAAUGGAAGAGGGAAGGGGCGUGGUCACAACCGGCGACGGCACGAGAACAGGAAGAGCCACUCUCCUGGCUUGGAGCAAAAAAGCGACUCCCCAUCGCGACCAGUAUUCCAGACAUCAGCUUAUCCUAAUCGUGGUCAUGGUCGUGGUCGCAGUGGUCGUGGUCGUGGAGGAAGAGGCCGUGAUUAUGGGAUGGGCCUUCCAUCGUGA